ACUAGAAACCUACAAAAAGUAAAAGACUUAUUUACAACUUAUGGACAAUUAAUAUCCGACCAACUUUCGGCCUCUAGAUCCUCUAGAUUACAAAUUCUUAACAAAUAUACAAAGUUAAUAGUUUCCUUAUCGAUAAGCUUAGAACAAAAAAAAAAACGUAAACAACCAUCAGAAGAGUCUGCGCGAGAGAUUGUGUGGGAAAAUUUCUUGAGUUUACAAGGAAAAGAAUUAGACGUACGAUUUGAAAUUUGCAAUCGAUUAACUCGUGAACAUAUCAUGAAGAUGAGAUGGAAUGAUCCAUUGCUUUCAUACGUUGUAGAUGUAUCAAAGUGUGAAUUUUUGAGAUGUCAAUUUACUGUAAAUGAAUGGAACCAAAUUGCGCAAAACCCUCAAAAAUAUAAUUCCAAGUUGGAUACAAAACAAAUUCAAUAUAUUCAAUCUUGUUACGAACAACGUAAGAGUCGGCUAAGAAUUAGACAAUUAAUGAGAGAAGGUGAAAAUCAAGUUUUUCAAGAGUUUGUGACAGAGAUUUUUAUUAUUUUAACGAAUAUUUGGGAACGAAAAGACCUGAAUGAGUUGAACGAGGGGACAUGGGAGAUAUUAUUUACGACACCUUUGAUUGAGCUUCUUAAGCUCAAUCAAAAUCCUGGAGAAAAAGGUUCAGAAAGUUCAGGACUGCAAACGGCUGAUGGUGACCAAGAGAUCCUUUUUGAAGAAACAUCGGGGUCUAUAAAAGGUGUUGAUGAGGAUAAACUGAUCGAUGAUGGGCUUAAACUGAUUCGUUUCGCAAGCGAUGCUGCAGUUAGACGGCAUAACAAGAUAUUAUUGCCAAAUGAACGAUUUAUUGUAAAUUUUGAAUCAUUUUGUCGCCAAUUAGAAAAGUUGGAAAUUUUUUUAUUUCACUUACAUG